AUGAGAUUUGAUGAUAUUUUAAACAUGAGAGCAAAUUUCAUGGAAGGAAGAACAAGUAUUCUCAGAGUUGAGCUAAAAAGAGUUCCUGAGAUGGGUAUUGAAAAAGAUCCUGAACGUGGCAAACAUACUAUUUGGAUUCGAGAAGAGGAUUUCACUAGAGGCCAAGCACAUGUGAACAUGAUUCAUGAUGUUGAGUUUGAAGAAGGAAUCUUGGAGCAGCACUAUGAAAAACUUUUGAUUGUUGAGCCUCGAUUCCGUGGGAUCACUCAAUUAAAUUCAUCAUCUCAACAUUUUAAUUCAUCCAUGGAAGGUUCAGCCUUCAAACCGAUAAGGAAUGAUGUUGGAAGCUUAGCAAAUCAUGCCAAUUUCAACAAUUCAGUUGUAAAUGCCCAACUAAUCAAUAGAUUUGGAUCUUUUGAUGAUCAAAGACAACUAAUUAAUGAGUUUGCAUCUAUCCAAGAGACUCUGACAAAUAAUGAAUUACAUUUUGGAUUAAGUGAAGGUGCAAGAGCAGAAAUAACUGAAAAUAACUCGCAACUAGUGAACGGGACUGAUGGGGCGUUCGUCUUCUAUUUGUGA